AUGGUCAAUACUGAGAACAUGAAUUCCCUUAGCGCGUUGGAUCAUCGAAUAAUGGAAAAAUUCCUAUCUCUGGUAAGACGGGUUCAUCAACUCAUUUCUCGGUCAGAUAUUGGUCAACAAAAGUACAAUUGGAACUUGUCACCAGCCUCAUCUGGUGAGGGAUCAGCUGUAUCGGCUUUCCCUAGUGAUAAGGUCUGUGAGGUUGUGGAGAAGAUGAAGUUGAUACACACUACGGAAUUCUUUCUUCUUUUCUAUUGCUUUUUUAGAAGAAAAAAGAAAGAUAACUCAAAACACGUAUUGCUGCUUCUUCACUCUUUGCUUGAUCGCAUAUUCAUGAUGUUAACCCUUCUUCUAUUUGCUGAAGCUGGGCAUUGGUUGGGAUUGAACCUACGGCACUACUUAUGA